AUGGCUAAGGCAUUCCCAGAAGACAAAAUACAGUACAGGGAAGUAAACCUCAACUAUGACGAGAGCGUCUGCAGUGACCUGAACAAGUACAGAGACCGCCAGGAAAACCGUCCAGGACCUCGUCUCGGAGUUCAUGAUGUGGAGGUCAUCUUCACCUUGUUCCUGGGAGCCUGGGGUGACCGCUGGGGCCGGAAGCGCCCCUUGAUCAUGUGCCUGACGGGGCUGAUGCUGGAGGCGGUGGUCCAUCUCAUCAACAGCCGAAUUUCGUCCGGUAGCCUCGAGACUAUGAUGAUCUCAUCGGUGCCGUACUCACUUGGGGGCGGAGUCAUGGCUCUGCUCAUGUUGUGCUUCGCACACCUGGCAGACUCAUCCAAAUCACGUCAAAGGACUUUGAGAAUGGGAUUCCUAGACUCUGCCUACUACCUCGGAAGCCCCGUGGGCAACGCCAUCGUGGGGCCACUCCUGGAUUCUGGUGGCUACGUGGGCGCCUUUGGUCUCAGCAUAGCUAUAUACUUACUGACGAUUAUCUACGUGGUGGUCAAGAUCCCUCCCAUCAAGGCGAGAGAGUCUGAGGUGGAAUCUAGAUCAGUCUGUGACGUCACCCAGAUAACGGACGCCGUAGCAGUCACGGUCAAGGCUAGACCUAACAGAGCAACAUUGCACAUCCUGCUUCUCAUAAUGGCCAUGCUCUUCGAUUCGCUACCGGUUUCUGGUGAAGGGGGCUUCCGGUACCUGUACACUAAACUGGCCCUUGGCUGGUCACACACAGAGUACAGCCACUGGAGUACUUUUGCAUCCGUACUGAGUUCUCUGACAAUGAUUGUGAUCAUUCCUGUGCUGAGCGUGGUCGUAGGAAUGCCCGACGGAUGGAUGGGAUUUGUGGGCGGAGUUUCGAGAACGACCAGUAAUUUCAUGUACGGCCUCGUCAACAAGCCGAAGGACGAAUGGCUCAUUUGGACAGGAGCAGUGGUGGCAAGCUUGAAGAAUAUGGCUCCAGUUUCCAUACGAUCUUUUGCUUUCUAAGCUUGCUGGACCACAGGAUGUUGGUAAAGUGUACGCAGUCAUGGCGACGCUGGAAAGUCUAAUCGAAUUUGCUUCUGCUCCAAUGUACAAGGCGGUGUACACAGCUACCAACAGCACCCGACCUGGAACCUUCAAUUUUCCUCUCUCUGGAAUAAAUACGUU